AUGUUCCCGUUUGAGGAGUACGUGAGCGGUCGCGUGGUUCAGCAGUACAUGCGAGACAACGUCGACUAUGUCUGUUACCUGGCGUUUGCCUACAUGGGCAUGGUGCGCUACGGCCCGGGUAUUGCCAAGGCUCUCCUUGGCGACAACCCCGCACCGCAGCCGUCCGCCAACGGCAAGCGCGCAAAGCCGGCUGCUGAUCCAGAGUGGCUGCGACUCAGCAUGAUCGUGUGGAACUUCCUGCUGGCCGGCUUCUCAAUCUGCGGAGCGAUCGUGUUGGUGCCAGCGCUGCUCUCCUCCAUCAAGGACAAUGGCCUGAAACGCACUGUGUGCGAGUACCGCGAUGAUCUCACCUACUCCACCCCGCGCGGUUUCUGGUUUGCCAUGUUCGUGCUGAGCAAGAUCCCGGAGCUCGUCGACACUCUCUGGCUGAUUUUGCAGAAGAAGAAGACGCCACCGUUUCUUCAUUGGUACCAUCAUGUGUCGGUACUCAUCUUCUCCUGGUUCAGCUACGCCGCCGGCAACUCGACAAUGUCCGUCUUCUGCACCAUGAAUAUCUGCGUGCACUCCGUCAUGUACAUGUACUUUGCCCUGUGCGCAUGCGGCAUCAAGAAGGUGCUGCGCCCCUUCGCUCCCUUGAUUACGGCUCUGCAGAUCCUGCAGAUGGUGGGCGGUACCGCGCUCACCUUCUACUCUUACGCGGUGAACAUGUCAUCCUACAAUGCCGGCAUUGAGGACAUCCACAAGCUACCGUGCGCUGUCCCCAAGUCCGCCGCCCGCUUUGGCGCGCUCAUGUACUUGUCCUACCUGUACCUCUUCUGUGAGUUGUACGUGAACUCGUACAUUACGGGUCCCUCUCGCGCCACCGUCGCGAAGAAGUCUGCGUAA